UGGCUGUGUCCCUCGGCGGCUCCGCGUCACUCAGUCAAUCGGAGCGCGGCGCUGCCACAGGAAGCUACACUCUGCCGACACGACCAGUGAAACCUGUGAGACCAGUGACAAUGAGCAGCAGCUACUCUGUGUCCCUGCCUGGCCCUGCCCCCUGGGGAUUCCGACUGCAGGGGGGGAAGGACUUUAGCAUGCCCCUCACUGUCUCCAAGCUUACGGAUGGGGGGAAGGCAGCCUUGGCGAACAUUGCUGUGGGAGACAUACUACUUUCCAUUGAUGGCCUUACCACCACAGGCAUGACACAUUUGGAGGCCCAGAACAAGAUCAAGGCCUGCACAGGAAACCUCAGCCUCACCUUGCAGAAAUCAAAUGCUUCAAAACCAGCUCCAGCCUCAAAGGAAGAGCCUCUUGAAAUCAUUAAACCAGUGCCGGUGGCCCACCAGCCUUCGACUGCUACUACAUCUAGCCCUACCACAAGCUAUGCCUACAACAAGACUGCCCGGCCAUUUGGUGGUGCAAAUAGCACUGGAGCGUCAGCCUUCACCUCGGCAUCUAAAGUAGCAUCAAUCCCAUCAGCCUCCUCUGCUUUCACCCCUGCAUCCCCUGCCUCCUCAGUUCAUGCUCCACCCUCUCAGCCCCAGCCUCCGCAACCCACCCAGCCACAGCCCCCCUUUCCCAUUGGUGGCAGUGCCUCCCGCCCCACUGCUCCGCUGAGUUCUGCGCCAAAACCCAGCACAGGCCGAACUCAAUUUCCUGUAUCUGCCAGCUCUGCCGGAACGACAGCAUCCCCUUCCACCCCUGCUGCACCACAAUCCUCUGUCUACAAUACACCAAUCAACCUGUACUCCAAUGAGAAUGCCUGUGAGGUGGCUAUGGGCCAGAGGCGGGGCCUACUGGAGAAACAUGGUGUGGCUGAGCAUCUCAAUGGGGCUUCCAGAAAGCCCAUUGAUGAUCCCGAACCCCACCUGGUGCAGCCGCAUUGUGAUACUAGUAAGAAGUGGCUGGUGGAGGACCAAGAAGACUGGAACUCCCGUACAGGCACUUCACAGUCCCGUUCCUUCCGCAUUCUUGCCCAGAUGACUGGCACAGAAAGUUCCAAAGGCCAGGAGAAUGAUGCUGUGAAGCAUGAAACAGUGAUUGAGACCCCGCUGAACGUUCACCACUCAUCUCCUGUAAAGACUAUGACUAAAGUGCCUGCAGGAGGACCCCAGAGCAGCAACAGUGGUUCCAUAGCACCCUUCAAGGCCCCCUCUGCUCAGGGCAAACCAUCUACCUGGCAGACCAGUCAUUCAGCAGGAUCCAACCUGUCCAAGACUGCACCUCAUAAGGGUCAGGUUACACCCUCUUUUGGUCAAGUGAGCUCCAGUGGAGCAAAGGGACCUGUGUUGGACCGCCCUGCACCCCAACCACAUCCCAAAGACCAGAAUAGUCUUGUGCAGAGGGCAGAGCACAUCCCUGCUGGGACACGCACACCCAUGUGUGCCCAGUGCAACAAAGUCAUCAGGGGCCCUUUCCUGGUUGCCAUGGGGAAAUCAUGGCACCCUGAGGAGUUCAACUGUGCACAUUGCCAUACGUCCCUGGGAGAUGUGGGCUUUGUUGAGGAGCGGGGCUCCGUAUAUUGUGCUCACUGUUAUGAACAGUUCUUUGCUCCCAUCUGUGCUCGCUGUCAACAGAAGAUCCUGGGGGAAGUGAUCAAUGCCCUGAAGCAGACCUGGCAUGUGUACUGCUUCCUCUGUGCAUCAUGCCAGCAGCCCAUCCGUAACAACAUCUUCCACCUGGAGGAUGGCGAGCCCUACUGUGAGAGAGAUUACUAUAACCUCUUUGGUACGAGUUGCCAUGGCUGUGAUUUCCCAAUAGAGGCGGGUGACAAGUUCCUGGAGGCCCUAGGAUUCACCUGGCACGAUACCUGUUUUGUGUGUGCGGUAUGCAGCACCAGUCUGGAAAGCCAAGCUUUCUUCUCCAAGAAGGACAAACCACUGUGCAAGAAACAUGCCCACACUGUCAAGAUCUGAAAAUUUAAGGCAUGUGGAGCACAAGACCAUGCAGUAAAGAAAGUCAAAAGUGACACUGGUUGUCUGAUUGUUUACAGUGUCCAUUAUUCAGGUCUUUUCCACUUUUUGUUUUGGAAAUACAGUAGUUUUCUUUCUCCCUUUGCCUUUUAUAUAUUUUGAUAUGUUUUCAGUUGUGGUCAUUUGAUGUCUUGCACCUUAUUUAAAAAAAGGCUUCUCUUUAUUCACAUGAUCGUAGUUAAAAUGUCUCUUUGGGUGUAUUGUAGACUCGCAUACUAUUUGAACAGUUUUCCACUGAUUUGUAAUACAUGAAUUUUUCCAAAAGUGCCUUUUUCUGGGAAAGUUCAAAAAUUAACACGAAGUUUUAAUUUUAUGCACCUAUUCACAAAAAACUUUUGUUUUAGUGUUCUGGGUUUAGCCACAAAGAUUGUAUAGUUGCCAUUAUGAGGAAACGUGAUUCUAAAAAAAAUAUUUACCUUCACGAGAAAUGGUAGAGAGCUGUUUUAAAAGAUUAUUAUAAACUGAAUGAGGAGACCUUGGAAUGUACAGGAGAAAAAUAGAGAUAAUUAAAUAGAAAUUAAAUGCACAUAUAUAAGGGAUUAUUUAAAAGCCUCUACAUACCUAUAGAGGGGACUCGAGUAAAGAAAUCAGUAAAUAUAAGUAGAUUAUUGCUGUUGAUUCCCUGAAAAUAAGGCACAUUGAGCAUUACUGUAUUGUAAAAUAAACCUUUUCUCAAUGUAAGCAUUUUAAUUGUUUUAUUUUCAGGGUGAUUUAUUCUGAAGAUUACAAACAAGGUUUGUGUACAAGCAUGUUUUUAAAAAUGAAUAGGAAUCUGACAGUGUGUGAGAUGCUAUAUGUGUGGUGGUUCUGUAGGGGUGGUAUAGAUUUGGGUGAUCAGAACAAGUAGGACUGGGGAUAAUUCAGGGAUGCCAUCUUCUUAGCUAUGAUCCAGAAUUGUGUUUUUGCAUGUACCCCAUUCCCCACUUACUUUUUUUUUUUUUAAUCAGCUUUGGCUUGAGGGAUGUUUCAUACAUGUUGUUUUCUACAUUUACAAUACAAAAUUGGUGGUGGUAGUUUUGCUUUUUUGCAAGGUGUUGUUUAUGCUUUAAAAAUUUUUUUGGUUAUAGAUUUCUUGAGUUUCUCAUCUGUUGUAAAUUAGUAAAUUUUAGUGACAGCUUUUGCUGCUACUGGUUAUGUAGACAUGUUUUAUAAGAAUAGCUAAGGCAUUUUUGUCUAAUAUAAUUAAUGGUCACAAAGUCUUGCACCAGGGUACUGGUAGUGUCUGUACUAGUUAGUGUAUACUUCGCAUAGGCUGUAUUUUCACUAGGUAAUAGUUCAGUGACUUUGACACAGCCUUGUGAAAAUAACAUACUGUAUCCUAAAGGUAAAAAAAGGGAGUACAUACGUACAGUUCCAUAACCAGUCGCAAACAGGCAAAUGGGCUGAAAUCAUACCGUACGGCAGUUCUCUGUGGCCUCCAUUUCCUAAGGCUCGUGAGUAAAAUGCCCCUGGAGAGUAAAGUGUUGAUAGGGUAAUGAACAGCAAUAUUUUAUCACUGAGUCUGUGUGGGGAUGCAAACUUUAACAAUAGUUAAAAAAUACCAUUAUCACUGUUACUGGUUUUAAAGUAAUGUGAGAGAACAGAUGAGCGAUCUAAAUGUGCCUCAGGUACACAGUCUAUUCCAGACAGACAGUGUACCCCUGCUUUCUCCUUUAGGGUUACAUUUAGCAGACUUUAAAGGAGAAAAGGUAUUUCUCAUAACAACAAAUGACAAAGUUGACAGAACACAGAGAAAAACACUUGAGAAUACAGUGUAACUUGAUGGUAAGAAUGUUUGUACGUUUCCCUGGAAUGGAAAAGAGAUGGUUGGAUUAAGGGAUGUUACCGUAACGCUUAACAAAACAUAAAGCCAGGUCUCAAGCAAAGUGUUUAACAAAAUUCACAAGUAUUACUUUUUCUGUUCUAUGCAAAUGUGACCAAAGUGCUGAACUUUUCUGUGCACAAGCAACUAAUAAAACUGAUUAAUAUUCAA